AUGGAACUAGGCGAACCGUUAAAUCUGAACACCUUGGGUGAACUCAUGAUGAACAUGGGAGAAUAUCAGUACGCUCAACAAUAUUUCACAACAGCAAUUCAAAACAACCAGCUAGCACAUCCCGAUAUUCCACAAAACUAUAAUAAUAUUGCAUCAGCUUUAGAAGCAAAAGGUGAAUACGAUAAAGCAUUAGAGAAUUCUGAAAGGACACUGGAAAUUCAACUCAAAUCAUUGCCCUCCAAUCAUCCAUCAUUAGCAACUACAUAUAAUAGUAUUGGAUUAGCUUUAGAUGCAAAAGGUGAAUACGAUAAAGCAUUAGAGAAUUAUGAAAGGACACUGGAAAUUCAACUCAAAUCAUUGCCAUCCAAUCAUCCAUCAUUAGCAACUACAUAUAAUAAUAUUGGAUCCGCUUUAAAGGCAAACGGUGAAUACGAUAAAGCAUUAGAGAAGUAUGAACGGACACUGGAAAUUCAACUCAAAUCAUUGCCAUCCAAUCAUCCAUCAUUAGCAACUACAUAUAAUAAUAUUGGAUCCGCUUUAAAGGCAAAAGGUGAAUACGAUAAAGCAUUAGAGAAUUAUGAAAGGACACUGCAAAUUGAUCUCAAAUCAUUGCCAUCCAAUCAUCCAUCAAUAGCAACUACAUAUAAUAGUAUUGGAUUAGCUUUAGAUGCAAAAGGUGAAUACGAUAAAGCAUUAGAGAAUUCUGAAAGGACACUGGAAAUUCAACUCAAAUCAUUGCCCUCCAAUCAUCCAUCAAUAGCAACUACAUAUAAUAAUAUUGGAUCCGCUUUAAAGGGAAAAGGUGAAUACGGUAAAGCAUUAGAGAGUUAUGAAAGGACGCUGGAAAUUCAACUCAAAUCAUUGCCGUCCAAUCAUCCAUCAAUAGCAACUACAUAUAAUAAUAUUGGAUCCGCUUUAAAGGGAAAAGGUGAAUACGAUAAAGCAUUAGAGAAUUAUGCAUUUCAAUGUGGAUCUGGUGAUGUGGAGAACUGUGAAGGGCGGAAAAGUGCUGGAAAAGGUACACCAUUCUAG